UUUAGGUUAAUUUUCACUCACAAUUCACAUUCACAGUUAGUUGAACUACGGCCAUGAAUUUAACAGCAUCGUCCGGACCCACCAUAAAGUGGGUCACAUCUGACGUGGCAAAACUGGGGUGGAAGGUCAAAUGGAAAAGGGUCCCACGUUCCUACCCAAUCUGUUAAUGCAGUUAAAGGUGUAGCUUCGCUCUCUCUUAUCCUUCACAUGAUUACCAAAUCACCUCCCACCACCACCACCACUCCUAAUUCUGAACUCUGAACUCGUCCCAACUCGCUGUUCAACUCUGUAGCAGUAGCACUAGUGGUGGUGGUAAAUGGCUUUGUUGAGCCCGCGGUUGCAGAGGUUCCUCUUAACCAAAUACCAUGGAGACUCAUUGAAGACCACAGCCAACAAAAGCAGCCUUGUUAAUAUAAAAGCAAGAAGCCGAAGCUGCUCGGCCAUUGCCAUAGACGCGCCUGGUUCUUCGUUGACGGAUGUGGCGGGAAUUCGAUGGGGUUCGACCAGUUUGCAGGGGGCCCGAGAAGAGAUGGAAGACGGUGUCGUUGUGCGGUCCGAUGGCCUUGAUGGGUUUUCAUUUGCCGCCGUUUUUGAUGGCCAUGCCGGGUUCAACUCGGUCAAGUUCCUCAGGGAUGAGCUCUACAAAGAGUGUUGUGCGGCUUUGCAGGGUGGGCUGCUAUUGCGUGGAAAUGAUUUCAAGACCAUUAGAGAGGCAUUACAGGAGACUUUCAAAAAAGUGGAUGCAAAAUUGUUAAAUUGGCUUGAAAGGAAUGGAGAAGAAGAUGAAUCUGGCUCAACAGCUACCGUUAUGUUCGUUGAAAAUGAUACGCUGGUCAUUUCACAUGUUGGUGAUUCUUGCGUGGUUCAAUCUUGUUCUGGAAAAGCAGAGGUACUGACCCAUCCUCAUAGACCAUAUGGAAGCAACAAGGUCUCUCUUCAAGAAAUCAAAAGAAUCAGAGAAGCAGGUGGAUGGAUCGUCAAUGGAAGAAUCUGUGGAGACAUCGCUGUAUCUCGUGCUUUUGGUGACAUGCGGUUCAAGACAAAGAAAAACGAGUUCAGUCUUUUAACAUUUGCUCAUCCUUUUGAAAAAUUGGGUUUUUUCCUGGAAGCUUUGGUAUAUAGACAACCAGAAUAUGCAUAUACUGACGGUCUUUUGCAUUUUGUUAUGGAAAGGAUGCUGAAGAAAGGAGUUGAAGAAGGGAGAUGGACAGAAAAAUUUGUUUCUCGUAUACAAUUCAGUGGGGACCUUGUGACUGCAUCUCCAGACAUUUUUCAAGUAACUUUUGGGAAAGAUUCUGAAUUUGUACUGUUAGCAUCUGAUGGCUUAUGGGACUACAUAAACAGCUCAGAUGCAGUGGCUUUCGUAAGGAAUCAACUUCGACAACAUGGAGAUGUUCAGCUAGCUUGUGAUGCGCUUGCUCAAGCUGCUUUGGAUCAACGCUCGCAAGAUAAUAUCAGCAUUGUAAUUGCCGAUUUGGGCCGGACAGACUGGCAAGGUUUGCCAUUUCAACAACAAAAUUUCGCAUAUGAAUUGGGGCAAGCUUUUGCUACAAUUGGGAUUGUGUCGCUUGGAAUUUGGAUGUCGACUUCUUUGCUUUAGACAUGAAUCUGACUCUGAGGCAUCCUCAGCUCGGCAAUUCAUUCAGCUGACUUCACGGUAGCCGGAUGAAUUGGGACCCUGCCGACUCCAGAGAAUGUAUAUAAAUGGAAGUAUGGAAAUCAACGUAGAUUUUCGCACAUUUUAUUUGUAUAAUCUUGAAGU